CUGGUAGAUGUAUCUGUAAGUGCGAAAGAUUCGAAGAAAAUGAGGCUAGCAGGGAAUGUGAAAAUAACCGACUACUUGGAAAAAACCUUGCUUCAAAACAACGAUUCAGUGGUGUCUCUUUAUUCUGCUCAUGGCGAAGACUUUUUGUCAGUACUGAAUCCGCACCUCAAACCCGGCCUCAGAUACAAGAUUUCAACAGAGAAUGUCCUGCAGAUAUAUGUAGGUGGAAUGUUUAGAGACACUCUUACUAUAGUGCUGAGGGAGCCUCCUCAUGAACUGAGAAUACAUAACAACACACUCGUUCUUGAGCGUUUUAAAACUCUUCUGAGGCAACUAUGUAAAAGAGUUGAUCCUUCACAAGAUGAAAAUCCACCUGCAAUUCCAAGAGUGAUAGAAAAUAUCAGAAAUGUACCUCAAGACCUGACAGUGCUGAAGCUCAGCAACAUAAAAAUGGAUUGUCUACCACAGUCUCUUGCCAGACUUCACAAUGUUGUGCACCUUGAAGUAGUAAAUUGCAAUCUGAUUAAGAUUCCAGUCUUCAUUGGCGAUCUUCCCAAGUUAAGAGUAUUAGUCCUGGCACACAACAAAUUAGGUGCACAAGAAAAUUGGGACUUCCUUUCACGCCCUCAUAUGAGACAGAACUUAGUUGUACUUAAUUUGCAAGAUAAUGAGGUUUUUAGUUUUUGUAUUGUAUUUGUAAACAAGCUUCUGAAUAUGAUCUAA